UGGACCAAAACAUACUCCAGCAGCAUAUAGUUCCGCUUGUCGACACUUUUUAAAUUGGUUUAUGAAGUGUCUAACAUCACUGAAAAGUUGAAUGGCAUUUGAGCUUCCGUUAAGCCAACAACAAUCGGAAGAAAAAAAGAAGAGCAAAACGAGCAAUUUGAAAAGCGACAAGAGUAGUUUUCUUGUGGAUGUUCUAUUAAAAUAACGAACCCCUCUCCUUCCUUCGCGAGUUUUUUCCAGGACUGGUUUGGUGAAUUUUAUUUCUUCUCGAAAUAUUUCGGGAAAUGUCAAAUCGAACAAAUUUCUACAAGAAUCCUUCAAUCUCAUAUAACAGAAACUUAAGUCUAUCCUCCGUUCUUCAGAAUCUCCAUGCUUACAACAUCGCCACCGGUAACAUUACUUCCGACGACCAACCACCUCCGGCUCCGGCUCCCACUGCUUCCCUCAAACGCCGACGCCAUCCCCGUCCACCGCAAUCCCGUCACAAUCACCAUAAGAAUGACGUUGAUGAUGAUCCUUCCUCUAUGUCGCACACUGAUUACAUUCUAAAGAGAAGGAAAGAAGUUGAUUCAGCUAAGAACUGUGAUCGUGUUGAAUUGACUGAAGAUGUCUUGGGAAAAUCUAAUUCUGCUCUAUCCUUGGUGGAUUAUGCAAGUGAUGAAAGUGAUUCUUCGGAAUGUGAGGAAACUCGUACUCUUCCAAAUUCUGGGCACAAAGAAGAAUCCAUCAAUGGAGUCAAAAGUAGAAAUGAGCAGCGUUUUCCUGUAUCUGGAGAACCUGUUUGUCUUAUAUGUGGAAGAUAUGGUGAAUAUAUAUGCAAUGAGACAGAUGAUGAUGUCUGUAGCAUGGAGUGCAAAAAUGAACUUUUGGAAGUUCUUAAACUCAAUGAGGGAACCUCCCAUAACCAAGCUGAAGAUUUCUCCCAUGACCAAGCUAAAGAUUUCUCCUCAUCUGGAAUUAGAGAUGCCUUACCAGCUCCUGUCUUUAGCGAUGAUACCUGGGAUUAUAAUCGGCACCGCUGGUCAAAAACGAGAUCUAGUCUUUCUACUUAUGAAUGUUGGAAAUGUCAAAGACCUGGCCACUUAGCUGAAGAUUGUCUAGUGAAGAGUUGCAGUGAGAUUACUGUGGGAAGAAGUAAUAGAUCCAGUUCCAUUCCAAAGGAUCUUCUUGGGCUGUAUAGAAGAUGCCACCAGCUUGGUAAAGACUUGUUGGCUGCAAACUGUAAUACAUGCCGCAGCUCAUUGAAUCUGGCCACAUGCAUCGACUGUAGUAUUGUUCUUUGUGAUGGGGCAGGUCACUUGGAUGAUCAUAUAAGAACACACCCUUCGCAUCAAAAAUAUUACUCACACAAGCUAAAACGUCUGGUUAAAUGCUGCAAGUCAACUUGCAAGGUCACUGACAUCAAAGAUCUCUUGGUUUGUCACUAUUGCUUCGAUAAAGCCUUUGAAAAGUUCUAUGACAUGUAUACUGCAACAUGGAAAGGCGCCGGGUUUUCAAUUAUAUCGGGUUCUAUAUGCUGUGAAGACCACUUCACAUGGCACAGGAUGAAUUGUUUGAAUGCAGGUGCAGAAGAAAGUGCAUAUAUCGUACAAAGGAAUGGCCACAAAGGCAAACGUACACAACUUAGUGAUUUCAUUUUUUGAUGGUUGAGCCACUUUGGUCCUGAGUCUUGAUCUACAUUUUCGAAUUACUCUUCAACAUAAUCAAUGGAUAUUGGGGUGAAUGUCUUGCUCAGUUCCUCGUUCUUUGAGGCUUGUGACUGGUGGAAUUUAUAAAUGAGGCAUUGUUGAAACUUGAAAGCAUAGACUUGUUGAGAUAGAGGUUGGGCCUCUUCUCCGCUGUAGUCAAAGGCAUGGGUCUUGUUCAGGUUGGUGAAUAUUGUUGAAGGCUUGUUACGUCCAAAAAUUAGAAGAUAAUAUUAUCAGAUUUGGAAGUUUCACCUGGGUUUUUGGCUUACUUGGAUAUGGUAUUUUAUCAUUAUUCCUUUGAAUGGUGACCAUACUUUUGUCAUGAAUGAGAAUAUAUUUUACAUCAAAUGUGACACUCAGUGUCUAUUUGUGAGCGAAAAGUGUCAUAACCCAAGGCAGAUUCAGUGUAUUAUGUUUGAAAUAAAGUUAUGUUUUAUGGUGCCUUCUAGGGUGAGUGAGUGACCUUGAUAGGUCUCUCACGGUGAGAGAGUAUUAUUAACUAUUAGAUUGUAAGCUUUUAAGAUUGUUAUGAUGCACUACCAACACUUUAUCAAUUUCCAUUCUUAC